UAUUGUACUUGUGUUAGAUGCAUCGCAUGAUGCAGUACAUUUUAAUGACACAAAUAUUUAUGUAAGAAGAUAAGAUAUAUGAUAUUUGUGUCUGCGUUUGUCUCUUGACAUUACGCUCGAAGUAACGAUUCAAUUGCUAUUCAGUUAACAUCGUAAUUAUAUUGUAUUCGGUUUAAAAGUAUUUAGUAUAACCGUUAUUUAAAAAAAUGAUAAAUGCAAAAAUCAUUGAUAUCGAAGUGCAUGAUAUAAGAUUUCCGACAUCAUUACAGCAUCAUGGAAGCGACGCAAUGCAUACUGAUCCUGAUUACUCUUGCGCAUAUGUAACGAUUAAAACGGACACGGAAUAUGAAGGAUACGGCCUUACAUUUACUUUAGGAAGGGGAACUGAAAUUGUUGUGCUAGCAUGUAAAUCCUUAUUUAAAAUCGUUAAAAAUCACACAACAAGAGAGAUUUAUACCAACUUUGCGUCAUUUUGGAGAAAGCUGACAUGUGACACACAGUUGAGAUGGAUCGGACCGGAGAAAGGGGUGAUACAUUUAGCUACAGCGGCGAUCGUUAACGCAUUAUGGGAUUUAUGGGCACGUAUCGAAGGCAAACCUGUCUGGAAGCUUCUUACAGAUAUGUCGCCCGAACAGCUCGUUUCCACUAUAGAUUUUAGAUAUAUUAGAGAUAUAGUGACUGAGCAGGAGGCGAUAGAAAUGCUUGAAAGAAAUGCAGUACAUAAACAAAUUAAAGAACUCACGCUGAAAGAAAACGGAUUUCCCGCAUAUACAACUCAAGUCGGAUGGCUGGGAUACAGUGAUCAACAAGUCGAAGAUCUUUGUAGAUCAUUCUUGGAUCGUGGUUUUGAAGCGUUUAAAAUAAAAGUGGGUCUGAAUUUGGACGAUGACAUCAAAAGGUGCGAAAUGAUACGCAAAGUGAUAGGCUAUGAGAAUAAAUUGAUGCUGGACGCGAAUCAAGUCUGGGAAGUGGGGCAGGCGAUAGAAUGGAUGAAAAAAUUGGCAAAAUACAAACCUUUAUGGAUAGAGGAACCGACGUCUCCCGACGAUAUCUUUGGGCACUCUCAAAUAAAAGACGCGUUAAAGAACUAUAAUAUCGGAAUUGCUAGCGGCGAAAUGUGCGCGAAUCGCGUUAUGUUUAAACAAUUUUUAAUGUUUGGACUUGACUUUUGUCAAAUCGACUCGGCAAGAAUUGGCGGGAUUAAUGAAAUUUUGGCCGUAUAUUUCAUGGCAAAAAAAUUGAAAAUACCAGUAUGCCCACACGCUGGUGGAGUAGGUUUGUGCGAGAUGGUUCAACAUCUUCAAAUGUGGGACUAUAUUUGUUUAAGUCAAACCACUGAAAAUCGUAUGAUAGAAUAUGUAGAUCAACAACACGAACAUUUUGAAAAUCCUGUCCAUAUAAGGAAUGCCUAUUAUAUGCCGCCUUUAUCUUCUGGAUACUCAACUAAACUUAAGAACGAAUGUAUCAUAGAAUAUGCUUAUCCAGAAGGUAACUAUUGGAAAUCCCAGGAAAUUAAAUAAAAAAUUUUGAAAAAUAAAUAUUAUUGCAAAGAAUAAAUUAAAAAAAAAUUUAUAUAAAAUUUAUAUAAACGUGUUUAUAAUUCUUUGUUAAAAACGUUCUAUAUAUCUAUCUAUAUAGAUGUACAUCUUAGAAUUUAAAUAAAUUAUAAAACACAUCUAUCAUAUUCUUAUAAAUAAAAAUCUAUAAAAAUAAAAUCGUAA